AUGACACUAGAAUUCCCCAAGCCAACCUCCAUCACCGGCGGAUGCCUCUGCGGCUCGAUCCGCUACCGCGUCAACUUCCCUCCUACACACGACUUCAUCUCGGCCUGCCAGACAUGCCAAUGCACCCAAUGCCGCCGAAGCACAGGGUCCCUCUUCUUCCCAAUCCACAUGGUGCCCAAGUCCGCCUUCACCUUCCUCACGACGCCCACUCCCCCAACGCUGAAAUCGUUCCGCGCCACGCUCGGGGCAGAGCGCUGUUUCUGCGGCGACUGCGGAUCGUUCCUCUUCUGGCGGUCUGAUACCUCGGACACGAUCGACCUGGCGGUCGGGUGCAUUGACCCCGAGUAUCUGUUCGGCGAGGAGCAGCGGGUCUCAGACAACACGGCCCGUGAAGCCGGCAGACAGGGGAAGAGGAAUGAAGGCUUCGGGAGGGCGUUGGCUGAGGCGGUGACGCACAUGUGGUGCGCCAACGAGAUUGCGGGCGUCACUGACGGCAUGCUGCGAGGCAAGAAGAUGGAGCAGGACUCGAAGCACGGGGUGGUUCUGUACGAAGACUGA